UAAAAAAUGAUGCUGGUUGCUGCUGUAUCUGUAAAUGUUUGGAUGCUCUGCGGGCAGUCUGUGCUUGUUCGUUGUAAUCUCGAUUUUCGAUGGCGGAAUUGGUUGGGCCGAUGUUGUACAACUGCUGCAAUUGCCGAUGUGCCCUUCACGACGAUGUCAUUUCGAAAGCCUUUCAGGGUAGAAAUGGUCGAGCGUUUCUGUUUUCACAUGCAAUGAACAUUACAGUCGGGCCAAAAGAAGACAGACAACUCAUGACUGGUCUUCACACGGUCGCUGAUGUCUCCUGCUGCGACUGCCAUGAGGUGCUGGGUUGGAAGUAUGAAGGGGCCUAUGAGCAAACACAGAAGUACAAGGAAGGGAAAUUCAUUCUCGAGAAAUCGAAGAUAGUCAAGGAAGACUGGUAGCAUCUGUGAAGGCUUUCAAGUUCAUCCAUCUGCAUGUCAAAUGUAAGUGUAUGGAUGCUCGUGCUUAAUUAUCUUGUCAAAUUUUUAACAAUUGAAAAAUUCAAUUGUUGUUGUUCGUUGUGGAUUCCUCUUGUGUCUGUUGUGUGAAUAUUGUAUCUGGA